AUGGCAGCGACCAUCUCCACCGAUUCUUGGGAUUCACCGCCGCAAGAACACAUGUCUCUGAAUACCCUUCCGUACGAUCUAUUAUUGAAUGUAGCUCAACACCUCGAUCUGCGGGAUAUCUACGCUGUUCAGCUGACGUGCAAGUCUCUUCAUGACUUUGCAACUACCAGGCCUGUUUUCCGCAACCUCGCGGUGGACCUUCUGCGCCGCUGUCGGGCGUUGCCUCUGUCCGGUUUUCAACGCUUAUCGGACCUCAGCACGGAUCAGCUCAUUGCAGCCGUCAAGAAGGCCACCCGUCUCGAGACAGCUUGGUCGAUCCGUGCGCCACGUCCGUCGCACUCAUCGCCAUACGCCGAAGAAACUACAGACUCCAGUUCGACGCCCAAGUGGUACAGAGUAAUUAGCGCCCCGCCUUACGAAGAGGUUGACUGGCUCUCCCCGAUUACCUCGAGUUAUAGCUUGUGUGCUACGAAAAGCGGGAAAGUCGUGUGCUGGGAUGUCCACCGUGACAUUUGUCUUGCGGAGUGGGACCCGAAUGGGCGAUGGGAGCUGUGGAAAUGCCGCGUGGAGUUCGAUAUCCGCACGGUGUUCUUUACAAUGGCCAAAGUUCUGCACAAGACAUACGACGACAGACUCAUGGAGUUUGUGCUCAUGAAGCUGCAUUUUCCUGAUAGCGGGACAGAGAAUGGCACUGAUGCAGAUGGUGAUGCGUCUGUGGCACCUGUAUUCUCCCAUUUAGCAACGUUCAGGACGAUCGGGGUGGUGAUGAAUGUGUUUCUGCUUGAUCCUGCAUCUCGGUUACUAUCUGCAUUUGUGUGGGUGUCGGCCUUGAACACCAUUGGGUUAUACGCACUCUUGGACUGGGACAAGAAUGAAUUCGUAUUUAUAGAUACCGGUAUUGAAUGCUCGCUGUCCUCAAAUUGGUCAUGUAUUCUCCACAAGGAACAGAUUGUAAUUCACUCAGAGGAGAGCGAUCGCGCAUAUCAAUACUUUUACCCAAUUUCUCUCUUGCAGCAGCAUGUCAAGCCGUCGUCCUCCGCCAAGGGGUUCUUCCCGACCAUCUCCGACCGUGUAUGCCCUGCGUACACCAUGUCUGCACCGUUCGUUUUUCCCUCGCCCCCUCCUGCAUCUGCAACAACUUCGCUUUCGAACAACGGACAGGGACACGACAAUACUGGUGGCCCACGUCACCCAGCCGCUGCAUCCGUGACGCCAAACCCCUUCCCGUUCCCUCCUUGGUACCCCGAGAGCGCGCAUUUUGUGCGGCAAUGGUGGCCUACCUUGUCUGCAGUCCCCAGACUGAGCUGCACGGUAGUUCUAUUGGCUGAUCACGACCCAGAUACACACAGGACGCGAUAUGUCCUUGCACAACAUUACUUCAAGGUACCUCUGGCUGAGCCAGAUGCUCAUCAUUCUCUUGGCGCGUUAACAGCUGCCGUAGAAGCUGGUGGGCAACUACAUGGGCGGGCGGGGUCCUCGGAUUCGCCAAGUGGAGUAGAAGUGCCCCACAGUGCCAACUCCGGCCCGGCGAAUAACACACAGGGACGGCCUCGACGACUUGAGGACGCAAUGAUGCGGAUAUGGUACGUCAGUGAACCAUUCGAGGUGGUGUGCGUAAUCGACGGUGUGGACGAGGAGGGCGACGACGGGGCGGGGACGGUGGAGCGCCCUCGACCGCUCAUGGCAGUUGACUUUGGACAUGCGGUAUGGAUCGAAUUCGUGGACACCGAUAGGAAAGACUGGGGGCCGGAACCCAAGCGGUUGCGUUUCGUGUCAUUCCCGCCUAUCACCAGCGACGCAGACGAGCAUGAGACGUUGUACGGGAAGACCGGGGGUGCGUCGAAGGAGCCUGCUGACGGAUAUAACACGGAGGGAGCGGUGAGGACUUUGGAGAUACCGCAGGAACUGGACCUAGAUGCCGUGGAGACGAUUAACAUUGACCAAUCGCAGGGCGCGGUUAUCAUAUCGGUCAAGGAGGGCAGAAUAUUUAUUCUGUGCUAUGAGUAG